GUGUCAACAGAACAACACAGGAAGUGCCUCGUAGCUCAGCAACUAUUAUGAAGAUACAAGGAACAUAGUCAAUAUAAAAGUGUCUCCCUGCCGCAUAGAAGUUAAUUAAUGUUGAUUCUGCCAGACUAUAUCAAAAAGCGGAUGUUGCCAAAAUGGAAAGAGUUGUCAUAAUCGUCAUUUUAUCGGUGAUUUUCUCGGCAUCGCAGAUAAACUGCCAAGAGGCAAUCUUGCACAUUUCAAAUGGAGAUACAGAUCGAGAGUACUGUAUUGUCCACAACCACUCCUGGACCCCCCUGUCAAAAACUCUUGAUGCUGCUGUGCAGUAUCCACUGGUGAACUUGACAUCUACUCCUCUGUGUGAUGGCAGAGGGAUCAGUCCAGAUCUGGUAAAGGGCAAAGCAUUGGUGGUGAUGAGGGGAGAUUGUGAUUUCAGCCAGAAAGCUCUGGUUGCUCAGAACCUUGGAGCUACAACUUUGCUCAUUGCCAGCAACAAAACUUUGAUCACUCCAUCAGCCAAUAACUCAGAGUAUGCAAAGGUCCAAAUUCCUCUGGCACUGAUGAGGUACAGGGACUUCCUGGAAGCACAGCAGGUGUUUGGUGAAGAGAUGCAGGUGAAGCUUUAUGCUCCAUUGCACUCGAAGAUUGAUCCCAGCAUUGCCGUCAUGCUACUGAUUUCUAUUGUCACGGUAGCCUUGGGCGGUUUCUGGAGCGGGGCAUGUGAGAGAGAGCGGCUGAACACUGGUGCGGCAGGGGGAGGAGGUGGCGAAAACAAAGCAGACAGUGGAGAGCUGUCCCUGUACUCUCCUCUCAAAGUUGUUAUCUUUGUUGCCCUGAUGUGCGGGAUGCUCGUCCUCAUGUACUUCUUCUAUAAUGUCCUCGUUUACAUCAUUAUCGCUAUAUUCUGCCUUGCAUCUGCCACCGCACUGUUCAGCUGUCUAGAUGCAGUGAUGGAUAAAAUGGGUUGUGCUACUGGGAGCUUCACUAUCAAAAAUUCAAACUUCUCAGUGAGGUCUCUCAUACUGGCUGCCGUGUGCAUCACCAUUGCUGUGAUUUGGGGAGUCUACAGGAAUGAGGACAGAUGGAUCUGGAUCUUGCAGGAUCUCCUUGGCAUUGCUUUCUGCCUCAACUUCAUGAAGACCAUUUCACUGUCCAAUUUCAAGAUCUGUGUGAUUCUUUUGAGCCUCCUGCUUGUGUAUGACGUCUUCUUCGUCUUCAUCACACCUUUCUUCACAAAGAAUGGAGUCAGCAUCAUGGUGCAGGUUGCUCUGGGCCCAGAUGCAUCUGGAGAGAAGACACAAGGUAACAUGGUGGAGGUCCCAGCUGAACCCCAGGCUCCCUCUGAGAAACUGCCUGUGGUGAUGCGUGUCCCGCGGUUCUCAGCUUGGGCUCAGAACCUGUGCGGGAUGCAGUUCUCCAUUCUGGGUUAUGGAGAUAUCAUUGUUCCAGGUCUCCUGGUGGCCUACUGCAGCAGAUUUGAUGUUUGGGUCAACAGCAGCAAGAAGAUCUACUUUCUCAGCUGCUGCAUAGCCUAUCUACUGGGAAUGAUAACGACAUUUGCUGUGAUGCUGCUGUCAGGGAUGGGACAGCCUGCUCUGCUCUACCUGGUGCCCUUCACCCUGAUAACCUCGGCCGUGGUGGCUGGGUGCAGGGGAGAAAUGAAGCAGUUUUGGGCAGGAACCACCUAUGAGGUCUUGGACUCAUCCAGGGAACCUUUGCUGCCAGGUUUGCUUCCCUUAAAACCAGACUUCUCCCCGCAUCUCUCCUGCCAUUUUACAGUGUUGCUUACUGCAGUGCCUUAUCUUCUCACCAGUUUCUUUUUCUUUUGACAUUUCAACGCCUGCUUUCCAGGGUCAAUGUGAUAUUCUAUGAUACAACUGAUUUUAUUAAUUAAAUACAAAGACCUAAUAAAGGACUUGAGGGUUUACAGUGCAGCGUUUUACAUCAAAUGACCACUAGGUGUCCCUAGUUGUUUGAAAAUAAUCACCAAUGUGUGUUUGUGGGACUUCUCAGCUGUGCUACUAUGGGGACUUGUGUUAAAGCUAUGGCCCUGGAAUACCAUUAACAUCAUCUCUUUAUUUCUGCAGUUUUUUGUUUUUUUUUUGGUACCCUUUUCUGCUUUCUAAAACCCUUCAUCUGUUCCAACCAACGGGAAUCAAAACUCCUAAAACUCCAUCCUUCAUGCAGUUACCAACAUGUUUAUGUUGCCAUCUGCAUGCUGAUGCUUGCAGUUAAGUCUGGAGGACUGUGGCAUGGAUUUGGGAUGUGUUACCGCUCAUUCGCUGUUGUAAAUGCAGUGUGCAUUACAAAUUUAAAUCCCACCUAGGUUGCAAUCUUUCUGUCUCUGUCUUUGGUAUUAAAUUCAAUUAAAUUACAACAUGUUUAACUUUUUCCUUCCUUUUCUCUUCAGAGGGAAGAACUGACAGCUCCGUAGAAAGAGAAACAUGCUGACUUGCCAGUGUCAGGGAUCCGACUGCUGGAUGCUUUUUUUUUACAUUUUAAUAUCAAACUUACCAACCAAGGGAACACUAUUGAUCAACGGAUUAUUAACAGUAUGGGUUAAUUGUGACUGCUGUGAAUGGCUUGUGUGAGGAAGUGGAGAUGUUUUAAGUAAUUGAAAAGCUUGUUAGUGCCUGAAAAGUCUGUUCAUGUUCAGAAAACUGUAAUGACUUUGCCUAUACAUCCUGCCUUGGUGAUGAUAGCAUACAAAAAAAGAGAAAGCACUUUAUGAUAUCUAGCUUGAUGGUUGUUUCAUUUUGGGGGGGGGGGGGGGGUUUCUUGCAGCCAAAAUAUGGUACAUUUUUGAUAACUGUUUUAGGGAUUUUCUGUGUAACCUGUUUGUAUGAUGUGAUUGCUUUUGUUGCCUUAUAUUAAAUGAACAACUUAUA